AUGGCUUGUGCCGAGUACAUAGUGUGCGGGGAGCUACCAUUUAGGCAUGUUGAAAAUGUGGCAUUCAAGGCAUUUUAUUUCAAGCUACAACCUAAGUUUAAGCCACCAUCUCGGACACCUGUGGCUAGAGAUUGUUACCAACUGUACUUGGACAUGAAGACAAAAUUGUGCUUGAAGGAGAUCGAGAAGUUUGUUGCUUCCAUAAGGCUUGCUUGCAAAUUUGUGCAGUCUUCAACAGUGAGACAACAAUUAUUUGAAGAAUGUUGUGAAAGAGGAAGAAUUGAAACAAAAGCCUUAUUGUGUUUAGAUGUGGCCACUAGGUGGAAUUCAACCUAUCUUAUGUUGGAUACAGCAAUAAGAUUCCAAAAGGUAUUUGAUAGGAUGGUUGGCGAUGGGAAUUAUGAUAAUUAUUUCAUAGAAGAGGAUCAACAACCACCUACUGAUGAUGAUUGGGAGCAGGUUCAAGUUCAAAUUAGACAUUUUUAUGCUAAAUGUCGGAAGCCACAAGAUUAUAUUGAAGCUUUGUGCCAGAAAAUUGAGAAAUUGCUUAAGGAUUUGUUCAGCUUGUAUAACAAAGAAAAUCCACAGUCCUCAAAUGAUAAGCAAAACACACAAAGUGCUUUAGUUGAAGUUGAGGAACAAGAAUCAGAUCUUUUUGCUGAAUAUGCAGAUCCUGAAGACUCUUCAUCAAGUAAGCAUGAAGUUGAUAAAUACUUGAAUGAUAGUUAUGAACCAUACACUCGGCAAUUUGAUAUUCUCAGUUUGUGGAGGUUGAAUGGUCACAAAAUUCUUGAUUCAUUUAGGAGUUCUUUGCAUCCAAGGAUGGUUGAGACGUUGAUGUGUUUUCAUGAUUGGUUGCUUGCCAGUAGUCUUCUACCUAUUAUGGAUGAAGAAUACAGAGAAGAGUUGGACAACUUAUUGCAUUCUCAAAAAAUUUUGGCAGAAAUGGAAGCAAUGUCAAUCGGUUCACAUUCACUUGGGGAACAAUUACCUUCCAUAAUCUCCGAAGGGGAUGAUAGUGAAGGGGACUCAGAUUAA